ACACACUCUUUCACUCUCCUCUCUUCUUUCAGAAAAAAGAUAAGCAACUUAGCAAGCAUCAAGGAAAAUGGAACUUCUUGGUUUUCUCAUCAUUGGCUAUCUUUCCAUUUCCUCGUUUGUUCAUGGAUAUGACGAGGGGUGGACUGAUGCUCAUGCUACUUUCUAUGGAGGCGGUGAUGCUUCCGGCACAAUGGGAGGGGCUUGUGGCUAUGGAAAUCUAUACAGCCAAGGUUAUGGGACAAACACAGCUGCUCUGAGCACCGCAUUGUUCAACAAUGGACUGAGCUGUGGAGCUUGCUUUGAAAUCAAAUGUAUGAAUGACCCAAAAGCUUGCCUUCCUGGUUCCAUUAUUGUCACAGCUACCAACUUUUGCCCUCCUAACAAUGCACUCCCAAACAAUGAUGGAGGCUGGUGCAAUCCACCUCUGCAACAUUUUGACCUCUCUCAGCCUGUUUUCCAGCGUAUUGGUCAAUACAGAGCUGGAAUUGUCCCAGUCUCUUAUAGAAGGGUGCCAUGUCAAAGGAAGGGCGGCAUCAGAUUUACCAUCAAUGGCCAUUCUUACUUCAACCUGGUCCUAAUCACAAAUGUUGGAGGUGCUGGUGAUGUCCAUGCCGUUUCAGUCAAAGGGUCAAGCAGUAAUUGGCAACCAAUGUCAAGAAAUUGGGGACAGAACUGGCAAAGCAACUCUUUUCUUGAUGGACAAAGCAUCUCAUUCAAGGUCACCACUAGUGAUGGUCGAACCGUGGUCUGCAACAAUGCUAUACCUGCUAGCUGGUCCUAUGGCCAAACCUUCACUGGUGGACAAUUCACUUAAUUGAAUCACUAGUGUUAUGUAUUAGUUUGGUAAAUGAAUUUUAUAGGUGAUGGAUGAGUCACUAGAGAUUGCAAUUUUCGUGUCAAAAAAGAAAAAAAAGAAAAAGAAAAAUUGGGGCAGGGCUUGUUUUAAAGAGCCCCUAACCAUUUUUCCUUAGUUGUGUCACAUGAAGUUUGUUUCUGUCUAGGUCUUUUUAGGAAGGCAGAAAUAGGGCAGUGGUAGGUUACGGUUCUAACCACCCGCCAAUUAAUACUUCAUGGUACUAUCUUUGGUUUGAUUGGUUUAAUGUCUUUAAGUUGAUUAAGGCAAGAGUAUUAUUAAGGGUGAAGUUAAUGUUAUUGUACUCAGCUAAAGCUGAUUUUUUUUUUUUUUUUUUUUUUUGUGGUGGUGUUGCCUUCUGGUAAAGGCGUGGUUAUUGAUAGUAUCUGAUUCUAUCAGACUGUAAACCGUUAAUGUUGUCUGCUUCCUUUUCUGACAAUCGCCAUCAAUAAAAGGACUUGACACCUUGGGUGCUGAACCUUAAAUUGAA